GGAGGGCAUCGCACAACCAGCAACGUGCUGACCGGCCCAACAUGGCCGACGCUGAUGCGGUUCGCCAACAGAGGCAAAAGCAGCUUGAGGACAAGCGACGAAGACUGGAUGCAUUACGAAAACGAAAAAAGGAAAAAGAAACUGCAACCAAGAUCGCGAGCGAUGCUGCAGCAACAGCACAGAAGCAGGCUGACGGGGAGGCAGAGAAUGCCGCACCCGGCUCCCCUGUGGCAACCGGAGGGGCAGACUUGGAUGCUUACAUCAAGAGCCUCCUCAGCACACCAGCUCCGGGCGGAGGGGCCGAAGAAGAUGGACGGUCACCCCCGCCUGCCCCAGGCGUAAGCACCUCCACUGGGGGGUCGUCUUGGGCAGGGUCAGAUCGCCGCGCCGCUGACCGCCUGAGCUCUCUCACCAUCGUAUGCGGCCUGGGCUCUGUGGAUGUGGCACCAAAGUCGACGGAGUUCUAUGACAAGGGGUGUCAGGCGGAUCUUGGAGGGGCUGCGGGCACGGGUGCGCAGGGGACUGCUGGGGCAGACGAGGGCGUCGAUGCGGUAGGCGCACAAUCGUCAUCCUCGGCUAAGAGAACACCGGAUAAGAGGCGCAACCACCGCAGGGUGUUUGGGCGUGGGGGCAAAGGGGUGCCGGUGCCGGACGGAUCGGAGGGGGAGGACCUUGGUUAUCCCCCAAGUGGUGCACCCAGCCUCGUGGCAGCAUCCAGCCCAUCAAGGCCUGGAGUCAGGCAACCGGUGGCGUCGACUCCUGGUUCAAGGUCGGGAAGGUGGACAGGAGACGGGACUGGAGGAAUGACGGCCUUGCCGAUGACUCCCCCCGCUACGGCAGCGAAGCCUCUGUCGGUAGACGAGAAGAAGGAAAUCGUGCAGACGGACCACUUCCAGGAUUUCUUGCGGCGAUCCUCUCGAGUGUUGGAGCGUGCUCUGGGCGAGAAGGAGGCUUUGGACGUGCUGCUGGACUAUGCGGGGGACGAGGGAGACAGCGGCAGGGGGGACCAAGGCCAACGUUUGAACGAGGCCAUGACUCUUCACGAGGACCGAUGGUGUCAGGAACGGUCCCUCACGGACUUACAGUGGUCACCCCACCAUCCGGAGUUGGUACUGGCGAGCUACACCGCUCGAGGGCACGGUCUCGAUGCUACCUCUUCCUCAGCCUUGCACACCGAUGCGGACGGCCUUGUCCUUGUGUGGUCUAUGGCGAUGCAGCACAGGCCAGAGUACCAGCUGUCGUCUCAGAGCCCCGUGCUCACGGCGAGGUUCCACCCCUUCGACACGCACGUCAUCAUCGGAGGGACCUACUCUGGACAGGUGGUUGUCUGGGACACCCGAGCCAAGUCUUUGCCGGUGCAGCGGACACCUCUCUCCGCCACGGGACACACGUACCCUGUCUACAACUUGCACAUCGGAGGCACCGACAACGCGCCGUCUCUGCUAACAGCUUCCACGGAAGGGCGAGUGUCCACCUGGAACCCAAGCCAGCUCAGCCAGCCGCUGCAGGACAUAAACCUCACCCACGCGGGCAAGCCAGUGACGAUCAGCAGCAUGGCCGUCGCCCAAGGAGACGAACAGAAGAAUAUCGUGGUGGGGUCGGAGUCCGGCGGUAUCUACACCACCCCUCUGCACUUCCGCAACUCGGGCGUUGUCGAGGAGUACUCGGGACACUACGGACUCGUUACCUCAGUCGAUGCUAACCCAAGUGCGUCCAAGCCAUUGCGAGGACUUGUAUUGUCAUCCUCGGUGGACUGGACAACACGCUUGUGGCGACUAGGACAGGGAAGCAACGCUUGCGUGCAGACCCUCACCCACGGCACCUACGACUACGUGUGUGACGCCAAGUGGUCCCCCAAGCACCCUGCGUUGUUCGUGACGGCUAACAUCAGCGGGGAACUUGGGCUGUGGAAUCUAAACCAUAGCAUGGAGGAGCCGUUCACCCCUCCGGUCAAGGUGGUGGAUCGAUGUGCGUUGACUCGCAUGGCGUGGUCACCGGACGGGCGAAGGUUGUGUGUUGGAGACGCCAAGGGCUACGCUCGCGUGUUCAACAUGGACCAAGAGACGGCGCUACCACGAACCGACGAAGACUUGAGGCUUGAGGCAGCGUUAGCGGUCAAGGCUAACGGCACCAUACCGUAGGGGAGGCGUGCAGCCACGCAAUAUCUCGCUGCAAGAGGCGGUAUUGGCCCGUGGGCGACGCACACUGAUACAUGAGCUCGAACUGCUGUGUGGGACACUGGGGCACAGCGCGAAGCGGUGUUUUCCUUUUUACUCUCGUCGGUGUCAACGGCCGGAUAAGGUGGGGGGUUGAGUUAGGUCUUAGUCCCAGUGAUUUGUGUGCACCGUGGAUCCACUGGGAACGGUGAUUUGGUGAGUACGGCGAAUUACGGUAUGUUUUCUG